CCCUUAGCACCGGCCACAGUUGAUUGGGCAACACAAAUUCUACGAGGCCCUCUGCGGGGUCACCACGAAUGUCUGCUCCAGCAUCUUCGAGAAAGUCGGCAGGAGAAUCUGACGCGAGCCUGCAGUUCAACGCUUCUGCCAGAGCAACCUCCGGAAUCCCCAACGAACCAUGUUGCUUCGCAGUCAUGCCAAGGGCUUCUUGCUUAUGCGCUGUCUGGCACUGUCUCUCCAGAAGCUGUUCCACAGACAGCCUCUGCGACGCAGUGCCCUACGCGUUCCUGCGUAGAACCUGCAAGCGCCUCUGUUGUUCCGCUACAUCCGGCUUCAGGCCAGCCCAUAGCGGAAGCACCAUUUUUGGGGGAGCUGGAUCUCGAGCCUCUUACUCAUGCUUCCGAAUCUCCUGCACCCCUUAAUUCACCCUACAACGAUGCGCCUGAAGAACACGGGGUUGCCAAGGAGUCAACACACGGUGACGCAUCCUGGGCAGAAGAGACUGACAGUCUCAAUGGAGGCAUUGCCAUGUGCCAGAAAAAAAGACCUACCUCUGGACACAAUGUUGCGCCCUUCGUGGCAGUGGAGCAUUCAAAGCCUGGCAUUGUGAGUGGUGAUGGACGACGGGGGCCAGUGGAUGCUCCACCCAUCCAGCCUUCGCAGCGUCAAGCAGACAACUGCGCGCUGCAGUGUCAUCCCGAGCUGGAGCCACAAGCUGAACGGCCUAAAACGUUUGCUCCACCUUCCAGGCAUUGUAAGAAGCAUGAUGCUUCAGUGAGGAUUCCUACGUCAGCACAUGUACGUGCCUACUGGGCUCUUCAGAGGUGCCAUGGUUCACCGGCAGGAGCUGUGGACUCUCUGCCCGUACUACCUAGAAGCGUCCCGGCAGCUCAGGCUCCGAACUUUCCGUCCCUUGGUGUCAGAGCAACAAACUUGCAGCAGCUGUUUGGAGUCGUUGGGGAGUGGCAGAAGAAAGACAGUACGGUAGAACCUAGAACGGCAUUCUCUCCACCCUUGCGGAGUAGGUCGUAUGCUCCAGCGGAGGAAUCCCAGCCACCUACACAAUGCAAAACUUUCCAGCCAGGUACGCCGAUACCACUGCAGCAUCCGCAUUCUCCAUGUUCCAGUUCAUUGGAAGGCAGCCCCAUGACGACAUCGCUUUGCACCAUUACCAUUCCCGAAAAGGCGUCAGGAACCCCUUUGGCCUGCACGUGGCAGAGUGCACCAGCUUGCAGAUGCUCCCCAAACUGGGGAUCUCCCACUUGCUGUACCUACUCGCGUCCUCAGUGGGAGUCAUUGAGUGGUACUCCCAAGUCAGAGAUACGGGCCUGCCAGCCCAACGAAGAGAGUGCAAAACCAUUGGAUCGCCAAUCCGAGUUAGGGGCGACCCCGACUCCAAAACUCGCACCAAAAUCCAGUGUCGGCGGGCCUAGCUUUACUGCUGGCAGUGAAGUUCGAGGCAUAGAAUCCAGCAUCGCAAAGUUACGCUUGGCUGGUCCUAGGAUUCCUCUUCAGAAGUCCUCACAAUUCUUGUUGCCUGUUACACCUGAACCCUCGCCAAGUGUUUCAAUAUACUCUGCGAGAGAAAGCAGCUCCUCUGGGAGUGCUCUGCUUUUCAGCGAUAACCCCGACGAUGAGAGCGGGUCAGUCCUGUGUGGCGUCAUGUCCGGCACUCAGCAGCCGGAGAUAGCCAGUCGACCGCAGGAUGCAGAUACUGCGGGAAGCCAUGAUGGAACGUCGCCUGUUUACUUAAGCCCCCUUGUGGAUAUUACACAGAGGCACCGAGGCGAUACUGGAAGAUUGAUAGUCGCGUCACAGGCAUCUCGGACCGUGGAGUCGCGAAUGUUGAAACGGGUGGUGCGAUCCCUAUGCAGCUCAGUGUCAGGUACUAACAGCUGUUCAGAACAGCGAUUGCUGGAAAAGUGCGAUUCGGUAUCCCAACCAACUCGUUCCAAGCGAUUCAACAAGUACUAUUCUCGGACACAGCGACAAAACGCCGAGCCACUACAACGCGAGUCAGAAAAGUCGCAUUGCGUUGGCUUCAGGCGGCGUGUAAGCCGGCGGCUGCUCCCCCAUCGUUACCCUUCAGUAGCGACUCCCCCCUGUACAGCAGCAGGUAUCCCAAAGCCAGCAACGCGACGGCGCUAUAGACGAAUGCUCCAUUAUCGCCGUCGUACUGGGGCGGAUCCAGGUUCGCGGUUCACGGUUCCAGAGAAUACGGGGCCUACAAGUAACAGCGGUUGCGAAGUGUACAUGGAUGACACCGGAACUGCACGAAAGAGCGGAAGCUUGUCGGAGAUGCGGGGUUCCGAGAGUGCGUAG